AUGGCUGCUAGAAACUGGAAGUGUUUGAUGCCUAUCUGGCAGAUGCUACUUGCGGUGAUGGUACUCUCCGGUCUGUACCAGGAUGCUGGUGCCUAUCCGUAUGCGGAUGAUUUCCCGUACCAAGUGCAUGGUCGUCCGGUGUCUGUGUCGUCCGGAACUGGUAGUAACGGUGUGAAGAAAUUGCUGAGUGGCACCACGAAGGGUGCGAGCGGUGAAGGUGGCAGUGAUGCGCGGGACCACCGUAAGGAGCACGCGUACGAUGAGGCGGGCAGCAUUGGGUCGGCGUCCGACGCGGUACGCUACCAUCAACUCGACAAUCAACUGGACGGCCACCGGGUGCUGGAUGCGAGCAAGGGCAGCACGGUGGACAAGGUGAAACAUUUGGCCGGGGAGAAUUUUGAGGCGGAUAAAUCACACAACCGGAAGCACAUCAAGUCUGGGUUUAGCAACUCGUAUCAUAAGGACGAGAGCGGCAGCAAGAGUUCGUACUAUGAAGAUUCGGACGAUCACGGUGGGAAGCAGGUGUAUGAUAACCGGCACAAUCAGCGCAACGAUUAUGCGGAUAAGCUGUACAGCCAGGAUCGGCGCAACGACUAUCUGCGGGACCAUUACGAUGAUCGUGCGUCUGGUAGUGAGCUGCUCGGUGCACACAACUAUCGACGCGUUGGUGCGCACGAUCGCGGUAACAAUUAUGGACAUCGCGACGGAUACGCACACAACGAUCACAAUGAUCAGCACUACGGUACGGCCUCCUACGGUGGGUACGACUACUAUCAACCGGGUGCCAACUAUCACCACUACGACGAUCUGUACCGUAGACGAUCGUAUUACAAUCCACGGCCAACGUUUGCUACCGCACCGUUGCAACCGGCACCGAUCACGAUUUACGAAGACCCGCGCGACUACGCACCAUACCCGGUCGCACCGUAUCCGGUGCGUGAGGUACGCGACGGAUCGGCCGUACUGAGUAGAGACGAACACUACAACCCAGACCCGGCCAGCUCAUUCGGUCAACGUCGACGACUCAUCUACAGACCCAGCCCAGCUGCACCAUUGGCAAUGCCGCACGGUUACGGACGUUAUUGA